AGUUAAUGCUCUCAAGUGUGCGAGGCAAAGUGAAAGUAAAAUUAGAAGUUGACUGCAGACUCAGAGCAGCGUGAUUUCCGGACAAGCCCUGGGGUCUCUGGCUGUCUGGAAGUCUUUUGUGUGGAGCACAAUGAGCCUGGGGCUUGUCCUUUUCUGUGGACUGCUGGCUCUGAAGGCGGGGUGGACAGAAGAUCUAGGCCCCAGAUCCUCAUUACGCUCUGUGGACGUGGUUCUGGACUGCCUCUACAUAGAGGAAACUGCAGGAGAUUUGCCAGGUUCAUUUGCUAGCUCAUUUUCCCAGGACAGUGCCACUCUGGUGCUGAGAGAUGUCAGUGUCAUCAAUGAUGGGAGCUUGGACGAUGUCACCAAUUAUGAAGUGCCAGGGGCAAGCACUGGCUCUGCACCCCCCCUCAUCUUUGAGGCUUCAGCCAAGUUGGUAGCCAUCCCAUAUGCAGAAUCCCUGCUGCAUGCAGACUGUUCUGGAGAGGAGGUGACUUGUGAGAUCUCUUUGUACAGCCGACACCAGACAGACGAGGGGACCUGCCAGUCCUCCUGGUUCAUGGGGACCCUGAAGCUGUCCAGUGGGAUCAGUAUUGCUCUAGUGCUGAGGGGCCCCUGCAGGAGUGAUGGGAAGGAAGAGGAGAGAAUGAUUGUGCUGCACCCAAAGCUGAAGGUCCCUGUAAGCAAUGAGGGGACAGUGCUAACAACAGUUGAAUUCCAGUCAUCAUCUCUCACCCCGACCCUGCGCACCCGUCUUGGCAGCUCCGUCACCCUGAACUGCAGGUUUGCCUUGGCACCUGGCUCUCCACUGGCUUUGCUGGAGUGGAGGCUGCAGCACCAAGGCAGUGGGCGCAGUGUGUUCCGGUACCAGACAGGGAGUGAGCCACAAGAAGAGCAGCCAACGGCCCAUGUGGACAUGGUGCAGCUGCUGGAGACUGGCGAUGCAUCACUUAGCCUGCGUGGUGUGGGCAUGAAGGAUGAAGGGACGUAUAUCUGCUUGGUGUCCAGCCCCAAGCAUCAAACACAGCACAUCAUCCAGCUGCAGCUGGCCGAGCCCCCAAGAGUCCGCUUGUUCCCAGACCUGGUGUCACGGGAGGGUGAUGGAACUACGACCCUGACCUGUGAGAUUUCUGGCUACUACCCCCUGGAUGUCUCAGUGAGCUGGACCCGGGAGUCCCCUGAGGAUGAAGACAAGGUGCCCAUCCCAAGCUCGAGCAUAUAUUUUUCCAGCCACAGGCAAGGCCAAGUUGGUACCUAUAGCAUCAGUUCCUACCUGCUCAUCAACUUAGCAACAGAACUGGCACCAGUCACCUUCAGCUGCCAUGUUUCACACCUAGCCCUUGAGGAGCCAGUUGUAGUUAGUGCCCAUCUCAGAGCACCAGACCAAAAAACAUCCAAAGUGGUUGUGGGAGUUAUCAUCUCUACUGCCCUCUUCGUUGUUGCUCUCUUUGGCCUCACACACAGAUGGAGAAAGCCAGUUGAUCUGAAAGCUGAAUAAUCUCUGGAGACUUCAGAAUGAAAGGGACAGUGACCUCAGCUACCCAUGUUCCUGUACCACCUCUGACAGGUGCCAUCCCAGAGGGCAAUCCAACCACUUAAAAACUGAUCUCAUUUUACAUGGACAGAAUUAUUUGUCAGGCACCUGAAUCCCAUGUGGUAGGGUCAGGAACCCUCAUGCUGCUUCUUGUUGGAAGAACAGAGGAGCAGUAUGAUCUGGGAAGAUGGAUUCACUGAAAAGGGAAUGUCUCCACCUUGGGAAGGUUACCUUGUUAACCCCACUGGCAUUGCUCUUCCCACACCGCAGGGUCUCACUGCCUUAUGUAGUUGAUAACAGGGUUAGGAACUAUUGCUUUAUCAAAACAAAUAGGGAGUAGGUUGCCCCUAAACAAUGGACACUCUGGGGUGGGGGAACAGCCAGCUCACAUUCAGUCUGUGCUGAACAUGGAAGGGUUGGUAGAAACUCAAUUUCCCACUGGAAUUAUCCCAUCUCUGGUCUUAGUUAUGGCUCUAAUUAGCCAACAAAGCCCACCUGGGUAUCUUUUUUGAAAACUGCAUUUAGAUAACUCAGAGCAGAGAGAGAAUGAUCCGUAAUGAAUGGGGGUCACUCUAGAGCUGAACCAGACCACACCUGCACUGUUUACUGUUGGGUUCUUUUAGGACCUCUCCAGUUUGAUUUGUGGCACAUAUUGGGUAUGAGGUUGACAGAACAGAGCAGAACUUCACUAAUCAUUAUAUAAUUCACAGCUUUUGCCCUUUUUACAGAAAUAAUCAACAAAGAAGAAAUAGUUCAUUCUCUCAGACUUAGUCAAGGGCAGUAGAGUGGAAAACAGGGAAAACAUACUAGGGUAAAGAGAUUCUUCCCAGCACUGAUCCCUUCCCCAUGGGGCACUUCAGCCAUAGCAGCAAAGAGAAAUUGAAGCUAGGCAAAAAUUUUAACUUCAUUUCUUUGAUAAAUAAAUGUAGGACAGAUCCAACUGGCACUAUUCAUAGGCUCUAAGGCAGGGGUGGACAGUUAUUUGGGCCAGAGGGCCACAAAGAGAGUUUUGGUGAGCUGUUGUGGGCCAGGUCACCCCUUCAACAGCUCACCAAAACUCCCCAAGUGGCCCUGCAGCCCAAAUAAUUGCUCACCCCUGAUCUAAAGGCAGAAAGAAAACAGGUUACAGAAACCUAACCUUUGUUCCCUCUUCUCCUUGCAUCCCCUUCCCUGCCCUGAGUCCCUGAUACACUGCCAGGCUGGUAUCACUCUGUGUUCCUGCAUGCUGCUUCAGGCCAAGUGGGUGCACCUGGCAUGGCUCCUGCCCAACCCACUUACAUGCUGGGGACUCAGGGUCAGGCAGUAGCUGCACCAGCCACUCCAGCUGUGCCCAUGUGGCUCAGCCUGAAGUGGCACAAGGGAACACAGCACAGCAACACGUUAACCACACCCAUGCCCCUACCACGCCUUGGCCUGGCAGAGCCCAGAUAACCUAGAGCUCCUGGCCCUCCUCCCCUGCACCCCUUCCCUCACCACGGGGAAGAACCUUACCUGAGCUUCCACUUGCUGGGGACCGAGCUGUCUGGUCUGCAAAUGGCCACAGGGUCAGAGCUGCACACAGACAGACUCACCAGGCAGAAGCCUGGCCAGGAGCUCAGCGCCUCCUGCCUUGAAGUGUACCCUGGGGCCUGGGGAGUGGGACAAGACAGUCCUGCCAGGGAAGAGAGUGGCUGCUGCUGCUGCUUCUAUAGCCAGCUUGCAUGGGGAAGGGAAAAGGGCGAGAAGCACCGAAAGCCAGGACAACCGCAGGCUGGAUACAAUUCUCCAGAGGAGCAUCUGCAAGCCAGAUAAAAUCAUGUGGCAGGCCAGAUCCAGCCCACAGGCAAUAUUUUGCCCGCCCCUGCUCUAAGGCCAGAAGGUACUGCCAUGAUCAUCAACUCUGGAUUAAAGCAGGUCUUUAAAAAGAUUAUCUAUAUUUAUAUAUUUAUAUAAUUUAUGUAAUCUUUUUAAAGAUAUAUAUAUAUGUAUAUAUAGUUUCAUUGUGUAUAGUAUAAGCAGAUAUGUGUGUGCAAGUAUAUAGUUUGUGCUUUGAAAGGGAUAAAUUCCCAGUGCUGAGAAAACAUAUGCACAAAAUUGACUGAGUAAGCCUUUUGGCCAAGAAAAAUGUGAUGAAAAUUGGGAGAUAUUUUAGAAGAGUUCACAAAAUGGUUAAAAUCUAUGAUUCCAUAGCUAUGAAUCAGGACAGAUAUGCGUAAUAUCUAUCCUGGUUAAGAGAGGAACCAAAGGGAGUGAUUAAAUUUGAUGGGGAAUGCUAAAUACAUGUUGGAAAAUGCCAUAGUUCAUAGAGCUAAAGACAAUAAAAAAUAUAUUUUUUAAUGUA